AUGUCGUCCGACUCAUUUACCUUGGACGUUCCCACUGUCCUCUGCAUUGCUGUCUCUCUAUCUUUGAUGCCAGCGGCUUUUAUACUCAGCAAGGCCCUCAUCCCAGCGCGCAAGACACGCGACCGUAUUCUCUUUUUCUGGCACGCCUACGAUGCCCUGACCCACCUGUUGAUUGAGGGCUCUUUCGCCUACCACUGCUUCUUCAGCUAUACCACCGUUGCCGAUGCCCCUCACGAAGGUCCUUACUGGUUCAACGACCCCACCCGUCUCUAUGGCCCGAGCCAUGGCACUGGUCCAACUGCGCGACUCUGGCAGGAAUAUGCCAAGGCGGACCGCCGCUGGGGAGGCACUGAUACCGGAAUCGUUUCGCUGGAGCUGUUGACUGUCUUGCUGGGAGGUCCCGCCGCUGUUUACGUCUGCUACCUGCUGUACAAGUCGUCCGACGAGAAGCUCAGUGCCAAGCGCCGCGGUGGUGUCAAGGCCACACUGUGGUUUGUUUCGAUUGCGCUAGCCACAGCCGAGCUGUACGGCGGAUUCAUGACCUUCGCGCCGGAGUGGCUCACCGGAAGCACUGCGUUGGUGACCGAGGACCCAGUCUACCUGUGGCUGUACUUGUUCUUUUUCAACACACUUUGGGUGUUCAUUCCCCUUUGGGUUCUGUGGGAGGCAGGCAAAGAACUGCGCAAUGCCUUUGUUGGAGUUGAGACUCAGGCUGAGCUCAAGCGUCAGUGA